AUGGCUAACAAUAUUUCCUACCUUACUCUAAUUACCACCAUUUUCUUUCUCUUUGUCGUUGCAGCCGUCAGCCGUGACAUAACGACCACUACAUCAUCCAUAUCCGACGGGGUGAAAGAUGGUCUUCCAAGCAUUAUACGCCUCAACUCCUUAUUCAUCAAAUCAUCAUCACCUGCAGAAGUAUGUGAACAGACGUACGGUUUCAUGCCUUGCACCACCACCGCAUUUGGAAACCUGUUCCUUAUACUUGUGUAUGGUUAUCUUAUGUACCUCGCUGCCACUCACUUGUCUGCGGGUAGUGAGCUGUUGUUGCAAAUCCUUGGGCCCGGUUUAGUCGGUGGUCUUUGCCUUCCUGCCCUUGGUGCACUUCCUGAUGCUAUGCUUAUUCUAGUAUCUGGACUAUCAGGAAGCACUGAAACCGCUCAAGGACAGGUCUCAGUCGGGAUGGGGUUGCUGGCUGGUUCAACUGUGAUGCUUAUUACAAGUAUAUGGGGAACUUGUGUAGUUGUUGGCAAGUGUGAUAUACAAAACUCAGUCGCUCAAGAUAAUAAAGAUACCAAAGGCUUCAGCUUAAGAGGGUCUGGUGUGAGUACUGACAUAUGGACAAGCUAUUCUGCAAUGAUAAUGGCUGUAUCCGUGCUUCCAUUUAUAGUUGUUCAACUCCCACAGAUUCUACAUUCAACUUCUGGUAGACACACUGCAGUCUUAGUAGCCCUAAUCCUCUCCAUUUCUCUUCUAAUUGUAUACUGCCUUUAUCAGGUUUAUCAACCGACAUUGCAAAAGAGGCAUCUUGAUUUUGCAAAGCACAAGCAUGUACGAUCUAGGAUUCUUAAGUACUUGAAAAUGCGUGCACUAGGAAGACUUGUUGAUAGCCAUGGUGAACCUAAUAGAGAUGUUCUAGUCAAGUUAUUUAACUCGAUUGAUGCUAACAAAGACGGAAGCCUUUCAAUUCCUGAACUAAGGGCAUUGGUUGUAGGAAUGCAGUUGUAUGAGAUAAAUUUGAAUGAAGACGAUGCUGUGACAAAAGUUAUGAAAGAUUUUGAUACAUCUGAAAAUAAUGAGGUUGAGUUUGAUGAGUUUGUCACUGGGAUAGGAAGAUGGCUUAACGAGGCCAAGAGUUUUGGGAAGACCGCUUCUCUUGCUGGUCCUGACUCACUGAAGUAUGUUAAUGACUAUUAUGAGGAGACAAAGAAAGAACAUGAUCUUUUGGGAGAUGAAACUCACGAGGAAGACGAAGAAGAGGGGGUAGAUGAUCCUCGUACAACUACCAUUAAAGCUGUGCUAUUGUUGUUACUUGGUACGGUUAUCGCGGCUGCAUUUGCUGACCCUUUGGUAGAUGCUGUUGAUAAUUUUUCGGCUGCAACAAGUAUCCCUUCUUUCUUCAUCUCAUUCAUUGUGUUGCCUUUAGCAACCAACUCUAGUGAGGCAGUGUCUGCUAUCAUCUUUGCCACCCGUAAAAAGCAGAGAUCCGCGUCCCUAACAUUUUCUGAGUUAUAUGGAGCAGUAACAAUGAACAAUGUACUUUGCCUAUCGGUAUUCUUAGCACUUGUAUACGUUCGCGGAUUAACAUGGGAUUUCUCUUCAGAAGUGUUGGUGAUUCUUAUUGUUUGCAUUGUUAUGGGUGUUUUUGGCAGUUGUCGAACCACUUUUCCUCUUUGGACAUCGUUCUUGGCUUUCUUACUCUACCCGUUUUCCCUCAUCUUAGUUUACGUUCUUGACUAUGGUUAUGGUUGGUCAUAG